GGAAGAUGGCGGCGCGGGGCCGGUGGCGGGCAGCGCUGGCGCUGCUGACCGUGAACCCUGGGCUGGGCGGGACGAGGGCAGAGCAGAUGGAGGAACCACCUCAAGCGGAACAUUCCCUCUCCAAACCCCUACCAGGGUGAGCGGGGGGUGUGGGCUCGUCCAGCUCGGGGCUGUGGGACCUGCUGGGCAAUGCCAUGGUGAUGACCCAGUACAUCCGCCUGACCCCCGAUGUGCAGAGCAAGCAGGGAGCUGUCUGGAACCGAGUGCCCUGUUACCUCCGGGACUGGGAGAUGCAGGUGCACUUCAAAAUCCAUGGGCAGGCCAAGAAGAACCUGAACGGGGAUGGUUUUGCCAUCUGGUACACCAAGGAUCGAAUGCAGACAGGACCUGUCUUUGGAAGCAAGGAUAACUUCCUGGGCCUGGGAGUGUUUGUGGACACCUACCCCAACGAGGAGAAGCAGCAGGAGGCUCAGAAGAGGAGGUACAGCCCAGGAAAUCAGCGUGUCUUCCCCUACAUCUCAGCCAUGGUCAACAACGGGUCCCUCACCUACGACCACGACCGGGACGGGCGCCCCACGGAGCUGGGGGGCUGCACGGCCAUGGUGAGAAACCUCAACCACGACACCUUCCUGGUCAUCCGCUACGUCAAGAGGAGGCUGACGGUUUUGAUCGAUAUUGAUGGGAAGCACGAGUGGAGGGACUGCAUCGACGUGCCGGGCGUGCACCUCCCCCGGGGCUACUACUUUGGGACUUCUUCUGUCACUGGGGACCUUUCAGACAACCAUGACAUCAUUUCACUGAAGCUUUACCAGCUGACAGUGGAGCGGACGCCCGAGGAGGAGAAGAGGGACAGGGAGGUGUAUCUGCCAGUUGUGGACAACCUGAAGCUGCCAGGAAUGGAGGCACCACUGGAGCCCAUGAGUGGCCUGGCUCUCUUCUUAAUUGUCUUCUUCUCCCUGGUGGCCAUCGUGUUUGCCAUUGUCAUCGGAGUCAUCGUCUACAACAAGUGGCAGGAGCAGAGUCGGAAACAUUUUUAUUGACCUUGGACACCUCCCCCCUGCCCCGGGCUGGCCCAUUGCUAGUCCUUGCUAGCCACAGCCCAACUCCCACCCAUCCCAGAGUGUGAUGGAUCCACCCUCAGGGCAGGCAGGGACCUCAUGUCUCCUCACAAGCCCUUCACAAGGCUCCCCAGGGGCCUGGGGUGGGCUGGGAGCUCAGCACCCUGGGGACAGACUUUUUCCUGAAGGGAUUUUGUCUGUGACUUUGUUCCAAGGCCCUGCCGUGCCAGGGGGUGGUGGUGGUGGCAGCUCCUGCCCUACAGGGAGCCCCAGAAAUGGCCACUUCAGGUGGAGAAUCCCACCCAAGGGACACCAGACUCCUCUGGGAGUGUGACCCUCAACCUCUUGUCUCAAACGAGUUUCCAGGAAGAACUUUCCAGGCUGGUCAUCCUGCUCCAGCUGCUUCCCAUCCCCUGGCUCUGGAGACCAGGCUGCUUUUCCUUGGGACUUGGAAUGACCCCACCACCCUCCUGCCUCUCUCUGUCCUUCUGAUGCCCAAGAUCUGGGGCUUGGGGGCAGGGAAUGUUCCUGCUUGUCACUGAGGUCUGGGGUUUUGGGACAGAUAUCACCAACGUUUGGUGUUUCAGGACAGAAGAUACCACCAAGUUUUGUGUUUUGGGCAGAGGGUGUCCCUGCUUGUCACCAAGAUUUGGUUUGGGGUAGGGAGGGGGGAUGACCCUCCUCAUCACUGAGGUUUGCUGUUUCAGGGUGUAGGAGGUGUUGCCAAGCUUUGGGGUUUUUGGGCAGGAGAUGUCCCUGCUUGUCACCAAGGUUUGUUUUGGGGCAGGGGAUGACCCUUCUUAUCACCAAGGUUUGGUGUUUCAGGGCAGGAGAUGGCACCUAGGUUUGGUGUUUUGGGGCAGAGGAUGCUGGUGGCAGCACAACAAUGGGAGCUGGGCACCCCCUGGCCACCCACUCCCCCUCACCAAUCCCCCCCAAGGCCAGCCCUUUUCUGCACCCCCCAAUUUGAGGUGCUCCCCUGGGUUCCCUGUUUUCCAGAACCAUUUGCUGCUGCCUCGGGGGGCUCAGCCCCUCUCCCCCCACCCAGCAUGCCUCUCCUGUGCCUUGCAUGUCGUGUCCUGGCUCCCCCAGCAGCUUGUCCUUCACCCCCUGAGAGAGCUCCCAGGAGGAGCUGAGCAACUCCAGGAUCUCCCAAGGAGGAGCUGAGCAACUCCAGGAUUUCUCCAGGGAGCUGAGCAACUCCAGGAUCUCCCCAAGGAGCUGAGCAACUCCAGGAUCUCCCCAAGGAGGAGCUGAGUGAUUCUGGGACCUCUCAGAGCUGGAGCUCUUGCUGCCUUUCAUGCAGUCAGAUUUUAUUCCUACCUCAAUGCGUUUGGUCAAUGAUUUCUCUUGGGUUUCUCUCCCUGGUUGUCACAGCCACCACUUCCCCUAGGGACAGGGGCACAGGGUCCCAGGACAGGGAGAUAUUAGGUCAGUUUGUCCCAAGGAGGAGUCUUGGUGGCUUUGGGAACAUCAAGAUGGCAAAUUUCCCAGCUUCAUCCUUGGGCUCACCUUCUUCACCACCAUCCUGAGGAGCUGUGUCCUCACCCUGCAGCUUCCCAAGAUGCUCACAGUGGAGACAAAUCCCCUUGGGGGUUCUGGUGGGGUACGGGGAGGGGACAUGGACACAUUGAUGCUGUCACCAGGGUGGGUUGGAGCUUUUUUCGAAGUGCCCAACAGUGGUUGUGGUGUGAGAGAUUUUUUUUUUCUUCUGGUGUUUUGCCUUUUUUUUGCCUUUUUUUUUUUGUUUUUUUGGGUUUUUUUUUUUUUGCCUGAUAAGCAGCAGGGGAACGUGCACCUCUCCCUGGAGCUGUAACGUGUCACAGAAUAAAUGUAUGUGUGUGUGUGUGA